CGCCGGCCGGGAUGGACCCGCGCACGCGCAGGAGCGGAGCCGGCUCCGGCGCUAGUCGGAAGCUCCAGCCCUGAGCCCCAGCGGCCUCUCCAGCUGCUCCGCCCCGUCGCCGGCCAGCCCGUGGGCUCCAGGUCCCGGCCCGGGGCCACCGGCAGUGGUCUCGACCAUGAGUGUCCCCGACUACAUGCAGUGCGCCGAGGACCACCAGACCCUCCUCGUCGUGGUCCAGCCUGUGGGCGUCGUCUCGGAAGAGAACUUCUUCCGAAUCUACAAGCGGAUCUGCUCCGUGAGCCAGAUCAGCGUGCGCGACUCGCAGCGCGUGUUGUACAUCCGCUACCGGCAUCACUACCCGCCCGAGAACAAUGAGUGGGGCGACUUCCAGACGCACCGCAAGGUCGUGGGGCUCGUCACCAUCACAGACUGCUGCUCGGCCAAGGAGUGGCCGCAGACCUUCGAGAAGUUCCACGUGCAGAAGGAGCUGUACGGCGCCACGCUCUACGACUCGCGGCUCUUCGUGUUUGGGCUGCAGGGGGAGAUCGCGGAGCAGCCGCGCACGGACGUGGCUUUCUACCCCAGCUACGAGGACUGCCAGACAGUGGAGAAGAGGGUGGAGGACUUCAUCGAGUCGCUCUUCAUUGUGCUGGAGUCCAAGCGUCUGGACAGGGCCACAGACAAGUCCGGGGACAAGAUCCCCCUGCUCUGUGUCCCGUUCGAGAAGAAGGACUUUGUGGGACUGGACACGGAUAGCAGACACUACAAGAAGCGGUGCCAGGGGCGCAUGCGCAAGCACGUGGGGGACCUGUGCCUGCAGGCCGGCAUGCUGCAGGACUCGCUCGUGCAUUACCACAUGUCCGUGGAGCUCCUGCGCUCUGUGAACGACUUCCUGUGGCUUGGAGCGGCCCUUGAAGGGUUGUGUUCGGCGUCUGUCAUCUAUCACUAUCCUGGUGGAACCGGUGGUAAGACGGGAGCUCGGAGGUUCCCGGGGAGCUCACUUGCUGCUGAAGCAGCCAACAGACAUCGACCAGGGGCACAGGAGGUUCUCAUUGAUCCAGGUGCCCUCACCACCAAUGGCAUAAAUCCUGACACCAGCGCUGAAAUUGGACGUGCGAAGAACUGCCUUAGCCCCGAAGACAUAAUUGACAAGUAUAAGGAGGCCAUCUCCUACUACGGCAAGUACAAGAACGCUGGCGUGAUCGAGCUGGAAGCGUGUGUCAAAGCUGUGCGCGUGCUCGCCGUCCAGAGGCGGAGCAUGGAGGCCUCAGAAUUUCUCCAGAACGCCGUUUACAUUAACCUUCGGCAGCUUUCUGAGGAAGAAAAGAUCCAGCGCUACAGCGUCCUCUCCGAGCUCUACGAGCUGAUCGGCUUCCGUCGCAAGUCGGCUUUCUUCAAACGCGUGGCCGCCAUGCAGUGCGUGGCUCCCAGCAUCCCGGAGCCCGGCUGGAGGGCCUGCUACAAGCUCCUCCUGGAGACACUCCCAGGCUACAGCCUAUCGCUGGACCCGAACGACUUCAACAAAGGCACGCACCGAGGCUGGGCCGCCGUCCAGAUGCGGCUGCUUCACGAGCUGGUCUACGCCUCCCGAAGGAUGGGGAACCCCGCUCUCUCUGUCAGGCACCUGUCCUUCCUGUUGCAGACCAUGCUGGACUUCCUGUCAGAUCAAGAAAAGAAAGACGUGACUCAAAGCCUGGAGAGCUAUACGUCCAAGUGUCCUGGGACAAUGGAACUCAUCACCCUCCCCGAUGGCCUGACCCUGCCGCCGGUGCCCUUCACCAAGCUUCCCAUCGUCAGGCGUGUGAAUCUGUUGAACCUUCCCGCCAGCCUGCGGCCACAGAAGAUGAAAAGCUUGCUGGCUCAGAACGCGUCCACCAAGAGCCCCUUCAUCUACUCGCCGAUUAUCGCCCACAGCCGUGGGGAGGAGCGGAGCAAGAAAAUCGAUUUCCAGUGGGUCCAGGGGGACGUAUGUGAAGUUCAGCUGAUGGUUUAUAACCCGAUGCCGUUUGAACUGAGAGUUGAAAACAUGGGUCUCCUCGUGAGCGGAGUGGAGUUCGAGUCCCUCCCUGCGGCUCUGUCCCUUCCGGCUGAAUCUGGUCUGUACCCGGUGACGCUCGUUGGGGUCCCCCAGACGACUGGCAUGAUCACCGUGAACGGUUACCACACCACGGUCUUUGGUGUCUUCAGUGACUGUUUGCUGGACAACCUCCCAGGAGUGAAGACUGGUGGCUCCACAGUCGAAGUCAUCCCGGCCCUGCCCAGACUGCAGAUUGGCACGUCUCUGCCCAGAUCUGCACACUCACUGCAACCUCCCUCUGGUGACGAAAUAUCGACCAACGUGUCCGUCCAGCUUUACAACGGAGAAACUCAGCAACUUGUCAUUAAAUUGGAAAAUAUUGGAAUGGAACCACUCGAGAAACUGGAAGUCACCUCCAAAAUUCUCACCACCAAAGAAAAGUUGUACGGCGACUUCUUGAGCUGGAAACUAGAGGAAACCCUUGCCCAGUUUCCUCUGCAACCUGGAAAGGUGGCCACUUUCACCGUCAACAUCAAGGUGAAGCUGGAGUUCUCCUGCCAGGAGAACGUCCUCCAAGACCUCAGUGACGAUGGAAUCAGUGUGAGUGGCUUCCCACUGUGCAGUCCCUUUCGACAGGUCGUUAGGCCUCGAGUGGAGAGCAAACCCGUGAACCCCCCUGAGGGCAGCAAACCUGGGGACUCCAGCCACGUGAAGACCCUGGAAGCAAUCCUGAAUUUCAAAUACUCCGGAGGCCCGGGCCACGUGGAAGGGUAUUACAGGAACCUGUCCCUGGGGCUGCACGUGGAGGUCGAGCCGUCUGUGUUCUUCACCCGGGUCAGCACUCUGCCGGCCACCAGUACCCGGCAAUGCCACCUGCUCCUGGAUGUCUUCAACUCCACGGAGCACGAGCUGAUAGUCAGCGCCCGGAGCAAUGAAGAACUCAUCCUGCAUGCCAGCGAGUGCCAGCGGAUGGCUAUUCAGGUGGACAAGUUCAACUUUGAGAGUUUCCCAGAAUCCCCUGGGGAGAAGGGACAAUUUGCAAAUUCAAAGCAGCUAGAAGAAGAGAGGCAGGAAGCUCGAGGCCUGGAGAUCAACAGCAAGCUGGACAUACGCUGGAGAAUCCCCUCUCUGCAGCGCACGGGCGAGGCGAGUGUGGAAGGGCUCCUGAACCAGCUCAUCCUGGACCACGUGCAGCUGGCCCCUCUGCAGUGGGACGUGCUGGUGGACGGCCAGCCCUGUGACAGCGAGGUGGCGGCCUGCCGGGUGGGUGACCCUAUUCGCCUGGAGGUGAGGCUGACCAACCGGAGCCCACGCAGCGUGGGGCCCUUCGCCCUGACCGUGGUCCCCUUCCAGGACCACCAGAACGGCGUGCACAACUACGACCUGCACGGCGCCAUCUCCUUCGUGGGCUCUAGCACCUUCUACCUGGACGCAGUGCAGCCGUCAGGCCAGGCCGCCUGCCUGGGGGCCCUCCUCUUCCUCUACACGGGCGAUUUCUUCCUCCACAUCCGGUUCCACGAGGACAGCACGAGCAAGGAGCUGCCGCAGUCGUGGUUCUGCCUGCCCAGCGUGCACGUGCGUGCCCUGGAGGCGCAGGCCUGAGCCCGCUGCCGUCAGGAGGACGCUGUACUUUCAGGGAGAGGCGACCCAAGAGCCACAGGGCCCACCUGGCCCCAUGCCCUGGGCAUCAGCCCCCACGCAUCUUGUCCCCUUUCUCCUGCAGGGUCCUUUCUGGGCUGCGCAGAGCCCCCUGACAUGGCAGCCUCUCCCCUUCCCACACUGCCCACCAGGUCCCCUGUGCUGGUGGGUCCCUGAGCCUAUUCCUGUGACCCGGGGGUCACAGCCCAGCCAGGAGGAAGACAGGCGAGCGUGAGGGAGGGCUGGGCCUGGGCUGACCCCUGUGCCCUCAGAACCCCCCGAGGGCUGGUUCUUCUCCCUGAGGCCCCAGGGCAGCCCAGGCAGGACAGAGGGCACCAUGGUCAGCACGAAGAGGGGUCACGUGCCCCAGCCCUGGCAGGCAAAUGCCCAGGCCCUGGGCUGUUUCCAGGCUGGGCUCCAGGGGCCGUGGCCUGCGUGUGGCUGUGUCUGUGACAAGUUCUCCAAUAAAGGGCCUGACUUGCCUCCAUGCAUUGGCUUGUGCAGUGUGGUCGGGGGGUGUCCCCAGCCCAGGGGAGGAUUCCAGCACUUGGGACUUGUCAGAAACCCCCAUGACACACACAGCUGGUGGCUGGCAGAGGGGCGCCUGUGACUGCAUAGCCCACCCCCCAUGCGUGUGCUCCCCGGGCCAGCUCCCCACCCCCUCGGAACACUGCCUCCAUCCUCCCCAC